AUGAUUUCCCCCAAAUAUUCCUUCACCCAUUAUUAUUUAUCUUGCAAGACAUUAUCAAAUGCUAAAAUUCCACCACAUAUUGUAAAUUUAUAUGUUGAUUAUAAUUGUCCAUUUAGUGCUAAAUUAUUUUUAAAAUUUUAUGGUAAAAUAUUACCUGAAUUACAAUCAAAACAUCCUGAUAAAUUUCAAUUUGUUUAUGUUAAUGUAGUUCAACCAUGGCAUCCAAAUUCAGUUUUAUUAAAUGAAUUUUCGUUAGUUUAUGCUAAAUUAUUAAGAGAAUUGAAAGAAGGUGAUGAUUUAGUAACUCCAUUUUGGGAUUUCUCUAAAGUGUUAUAUGAAAAUAAGGAAGAGUUUUAUGACAAUUCAAAUAUUAAACUUACAAGAAAUGAAAUAUAUGAACAAAUAUAUGAUGUAGUAUCUAAACAUACCGAAUUGAAAUUUGAAAAGGAUAAAAUUUUGAAUGAGUUGCAGAUUAAAGUUGGUGGUGAGCCUGAUAAUGCUGGAAAUGGAGCUAGUGCCGAUAUAAAAUAUUUUACUAAAUACUUAAGAGGUGUUGGUGUUCAUGCUACUCCUACUGUUUCAAUUGAUGGUGUUGUUGAACCUUCAAUUAGUAGUGGUACAUCAGAAGAAGAAUUAAUCAAGAUUUUCGAAAGUAAAUUAUGA